GCCAGGUGGCGGUAUGCCCCUUGUGAUUUCUGGCCGCCUGUCGCUCGGCACAUAAAGAAAGCGUGGAAGAUGGCGGAAAGAGGGUACAGUUUUUCUCUCACUACAUUCAGCCCUUCUGGUAAACUGGUCCAGAUUGAAUAUGCUUUGGCAGCAGUAGCAGCUGGAGCGCCUUCAGUUGGCAUCAAAGCAUCUAAUGGAGUUGUCUUGGCAACAGAGAAGAAACAAAGUCCAUUCUUUAUAGAGCAGAGCGUGCACAAAGUGGAACCAAUCACCAAACACAUAGGCAUGGUUUACAGUGGCAUGGGGCCUGACUAUAGGGUUUUAGUGCGACGAGCCAGGAAGCUGGCACAGCAAUAUUUCCGUUAUCAGGAGCCAAUUCCCACAGGCCAGCUUGUCCAGCGAGUGGCCUCUGUAAUGCAGGAGUACACACAGUCCGGUGGAGUACGUCCAUUUGGGGUGUCGUUGCUGAUAGCUGGAUGGGAUGAAGACCACCCCUACCUGUUCCAGUCUGACCCUUCUGGUGCGUAUUUUGCAUGGAAAGCCACGGCUAUGGGGAAGAACUACGUUAAUGGAAAAACAUUCCUUGAAAAAAGAUACAACAAUGAUCUGGAACUGGAAGAUGCAAUUCACACAGCCAUCUUGACAUUGAAGGAGAGUUUUGAGGGUCAGAUGACAGAGGAGAACAUCGAGGUGGGGAUCUGUAACGAGGCCGGUUUCAGGAGACUCACCCCAGCUGAAGUCAAAGACUACCUGUCAGCCAUCGUGUGAACACAGCCGGUGCCGUGACAUGGAGUCUCUGGCCACAUUUAGAGUCAGACGUACAAGCGCAGUACCCAAAAGCUCCAUCACGCAUUUGUAACAUCACA